ACACUAACUAUCACUAUAAUCAUUUUUCCACCAAAGGUGAUCACAUACGAUACGCAGCUUCCUCUAAUACUAAUCCGCCACAAAAAUAUGUUAAUGACUUGUCUCUUUAAUUGCUGUCUUUUUUCUUAUAUACUUGAGAGAUUUAUAUUAAUUAAUAACUAAUUACUUUUUGAAAAAUGAUUAUAAAAUUAAUCACCGUGGAUCAAAUAUCAUUAAAAAUAGUUGUAUAGCACCACCACACACUAGCUGUAACUGAAAAGUAUAUAUAAACCGUUACAGAGUCUGAGACUAUAGCGCUUCGUAAUUCGUACCAAACCGCUUUCUGUUUCACUCAUUAUUCUCUCUUUCAAUCUUAGUACUUCGUACAAAACCGUUACUGGAUAUGUGCUUCGUACAAGCUCUGCUUCCACCGUGCGGUGGUGGAAUUUUCCAGAACAUCGAAUGUGGCGAGAAUUCGGCGUCGGAGAAGUUACGAUUUGUUAAUUUCCACCGCGGAUUCAAUGCCGUUGGAUUUGGUCGUUGUCGUAAAAGCUUGUUGAGACCGAUCACGGCGAAGGAGGACCGUGAAUCGAUUAUUUCCGACGACGGUAACGGUGUUCCGAAAUACAAAGGGAUUUCUGUGAAUAAACUGAACUGUGUUAAAAAUGAACCUGAUUCAUCUUUCACUAAUCGCCCUGCUGCAUUUUCUGGUAAAAAUCUCAGCGAUUUGUCAACAAAUGGGAAUUCGAAGAACAUUUUGUGGCAUGAAUGUCCAAUUCAGAAGCUUGAUAGACAGAAAUUACUUCAACAAAAAGGCUGUGUCAUUUGGAUAACUGGUCUCAGUGGUUCAGGAAAAAGUACAAUAGCAUGCGCUUUGAGUCGAAGCUUGCACUCGAGAGGAAAGUUAACUUAUAUCCUGGAUGGUGAUAAUAUUCGACAUGGUCUAAACCGUGAUCUGGGUUUUAAAGCAGAAGAUCGUUCAGAGAACAUACGAAGGAUUGGUGAAGUAGCAAAACUCUUGGCAGAUGCAGGAAUUAUUUGCAUCACCAGUUUAAUAUCACCAUACCAAAAAGAUAGGGAUGCUUGCAGGGCUCUACUUCCCAAAGGAGAUUUUAUUGAGGUUUUCUUAGAUGUGCCACUAGCUGUGUGUGAAGCAAGGGACCCAAAGGGACUAUACAAGCUUGCUCGGGCUGGAAUGAUCAAAGGUUUUACAGGGAUAGAUGAUCCAUAUGAACCCCCAUGUAGCUCUGAGAUAGUAUUGAAGCAGCAGCAGCAAAAAGGAAGUGACUGUAUGUCUCCUAAUAAUGCAGCAGAAAAAGUAAUAUCCUAUUUGGAGAAGAAUGGGUACCUGCGGGCCUGACUAAGCUUGAAUGGGGUAUUUCUUUUUUGUCAUAAAAAAUUGCUUGUCCAAGUAGCAAGGAAAUCAUUGUUCACUAUGCAUCUAGUUCCAUUCAAUCCAAGGCACAUAAAGCCAUACUGUAUUUAUGACUUCAUUUUAGUAAAUUAGAUGGGUCUGUCAGGAAUGAGUUGUUAUUGACAGGUAAUAUGGUAUAACAAGAAGCAAGUAUAAGAAUUUAUAUGUAUAUGUUCGGUAAAUGGAUCCAAACUAUAAAAAAAAGUGAUUAAUGAAUCUCAUAAUUGACUCUCUACUUUUACCUA